AUGGGUUGUCGAAUCGUUUUCGGCAGCUCUCACCCGGUGGAGCGGAAGAAUGGUGACUUUGCAGCUCUCCGGCGGCUGGUGCCAAAAUUUGACGUGACUUAGUCGUUGUAUAUUAAAUCACACAAAUCUAAAAUUUAUAAAACUAGAAAAUAUGAAUUUUCGGAUAUUUAGAAGUAUUUCUGAACAAAUAUAUCAAGUAUAAUUCAAUAAAACUUUCAAAAAUAGCGGUAAUUUUCCAAGUUGAUCACAGGGAUGUAAUAUAAUAUCUGGUAAUUAUUUAGAAUUUUCCUCAAAGAAUAUUAUUUUCUAUAAAUUUUAUACUAGGAAAUGAAAAGGAAAUAUAUUUAAAAUUCACGAAAAAGGGAAAUAAGAGUGUAGACGUCAAGAUGAUGUCAACGCCCGGCGAAUGCGAAUCAAACGAAAAUAGAGUUCCACCCGACAAUUCUUACGUAAGCAAUUACAGACGAUUUAAUUAAUCAAAUUAAGAUCUGUAAAAGCCAAAAUCGUAAUUGAAUGAAGUCUAUUUUGGUAAAUUUAAAAUCACAUAAAUUAUUACUAAAUGAAGCGUAAAGUAAGUUGAAAGCAGGAAAACAGAGUUCCGACGUCAGGACGGCGAUGCGUCGGCAAUGCACCAAAAUCUUGAGUGUUUGGGAGGAUCGUUGUGCAGUGUCCAUGGCCUCGAAGGCUCUCCUUGGACAAGGAUGAUGUGGACAAUCUCUAGAUCUCCUUGUGAAGUCUAGAGAUCAAUGAAAUGGGUCGUCGAAUCAUCUCCGGCAGCUAUCACCCGGCGGAGCGGAAAAAUGGUGACUUUGUGGCUCUCUAGCGACUGUCACCUGAUAGAGAGGAGCUGGAUGGAGGUGGGGCGCGUGUCAGGGAACUUCAUCCUCAAGUCUGCGCGGCAAGAGGAGGCUUUUCAUCGCAUCUGGUACGCUCUCAGGAGGUGGCAACUCAUCUCCUAGCAGAUCGUCCUCUUCUCGAUGACGACUUGUUCGUCGAUCAAUUGGAGAUGAUUUACUCAAUAGAUUUGCAAUCCUUUUAUCGCAAAUCUUUCAGCAAUUUUAGUAACAAUGCUCUACGAAUCACGUUGACGAGAUUUUCGCCGAUGAUCUAGCGAUUUUGGUUGCUUAAUCUUUCACCGGCGAUCUAUAAGAAAGUCGCGAUAAUCAGAUAAAAAUAUAUGACUUUUGGCUCUGGGAGGAUUUGAACCCACGCCGGUUGCCCUGCCCCUUUCUGGGGAAGGUGACGCAAGUUUAGUCCCAAAUCGCUUGUGUAUGACCACUCUUUGCCCCACAACCGGCUGGCCACCGGUGACAUGGAAGGGGAGUGGCGCACACGUGCCCCCAUCGGUUCAAGCCGCUUGA